UUGCCACAGCAGCAGCGGCGGCAGCGCCGGGGCCGGUGGCGGCGGUAGGGGUGCGCCAUGGAGGCUCUGGAAGUGAUUGGCAUGCUAAGGAGGAGAUGUUAGAAGUAGCAAUAGUUCAUGAGGAGUGUGAGUGAAUACCUCGGCAGCAGAAGAGGGCAGGAAUGCUGUGAGGAAAGCUAUCUCUGGAACUAACCUUGAGUGCUAACUGACUGACUGGUAUGUUGUGUGUAAACAGUGCUGGGUCAGGUGAGGUUACUGUGCAAGCUGGAGAUUUGUUGCCAUGCAGGAUUUGUGGAAGGACUUUCUUUCCCGCAGCACUGAAAAAGCAUGGACCCAUUUGCCAAAAAACUUCUGCCAAGAAAAGGAAAACGUUUGAUUCCAGCCGUCAGAGAGCAGAAGGAACUGACAUUCCAACAGUGAAACCUCUUAAGCCACGGCCAGAACCACCAAAGAAACCUUCUAACUGGAGACGAAAGCAUGAGGAGUUUAUAGCAACUAUACGGGCAGCCAAAGGACUUAACCUUAAAGAUGGUGGAAAACUCCCUCCGCCCCCUCCACCAUCAUAUGACCCUGAUUACAUUCAGUGUCCUUAUUGCCAGAGGAGAUUCAAUGAAAAUGCAGCUGACAGACACAUCAAUUUCUGUAAGGAGCAAGCAGCACGGAUUACAAACAAAGGGAAACUGGCAGCUGAUCCCAAAGGGAAGCUUCCUACUCGAACACAGUACAAACCUGCUGCAGUUAAGAAGAUGCCUUCUGUAGGAUCAACACCACCAUCAUCAUCAUCACGCUUACCACAGCCAAGUGGUGUUGGCAAAAGCAGUGGAGGUGCCUCUUCAAAUAAAGCCCUGUCUUCGUCUGGAUCCAGUGGGAGCAAAAUUCAAACAUUAUCCCCAGCUCAUAAAAACUCAGUGGGAAUGGUGAACCCCCAAGCAGGUAGUAAGAUGGACAAGUUAGGCCCACCACCGCGAGCUGGAAGAGACGUGCCAAAAUUCUAUUACACUGAUACAAAACCAGACAGUACCAUCCAAAGACCAAAUGAGUUGUUGCUUGUGAAGAAAGGCACAACAAAACCACGGACAUCAAACCCUCCUAGUGUGGCAAGAACCAUGAGCACAGGUGCUCUAACAAACAAAAGGAAAACCAGCAAUUCAGACAGUUACUCAAGGUCUGAUAGUAAAACUGUGCAUGACAGUGGAGACCACCCAUCUUCAGUCAAUGGAGGAAGUUCCAAAAGCAGUGAAGGAAAUUUACCUGUACAGUUCUCAAAGUUCUGCCAUGAAUGUGGAACGAGGUAUCCGGUGGAAUGGGCCAAGUUCUGCUGUGAGUGUGGAAUUCGCAGGAUGGCUGUGUAAACAGGCUCUGAACAGCAGAAAGAACAGAAGAAGUCAGAAGGAUCUGCCAUGUCCUGCUGCAUGGAAAGCUAGAGCACUCCUCCUUCCACUUCAGACUUCAUGAAACAUCACAUUGUAAUUCUCUGAGUGCAAUCUUCUGGUUACACAGUUAUUUAUGACCAAAUACACAGAGUGUAUAUAAAAAGAGCAGACACUUAAAGCUGUGCCAUUCGAGGAAAUACUCUAUAAUAGCUCUUGGAAAUCUGUAAAAUUAAGGUAAAAAUGUGUUAGGUAACUUAGGUAGCAGAAGUGGGUUAUUGUUACUUCUCUUGUCAAUUAUACUAGCUAAAGCAUUAUUCAGUCACUUAUGUAGGACAGUGCUGAUCCACAGGGAACUAUCCAUGAAGAACUUGGGCUUCAGAAGUUUCCCUGUGGAAGAGUUUCCUUCAUACGUGACAGUAAUUUAGGUGCUGUGUUCUAAGUGAAAACAACACAAGCAACUCCUUAGAAAUUCCCUGUUAAAAGUGCAAAAAGUCUUGGAUCUCUUUAAACUGUUGAACAGUAAUAUCCUAACUGGACUUUCCAGUUGCUUCUUAGGAUGCUUUUUAAAGAGUCCAAUGGGAAGAACUGAGAAUGCCGUUCACAUGUACGAAAAAAAGAAGUGAGGUUUUUAUUUGUGCUUCUCUUUUUCCAACAAGAACAUGUUCAUAUUUUUAAUGUAUUUAUAAGGAAAAAUAUGAUACUGUCAUUUUAUUAAGUUCCUUUUGCUCAGAAAUGCUUGUCUUCCUCCUCCUGUGCUCUACCAUGACUAGCGUAUCUAAAGGGUUUGUGCUUCAAAGGUCUCCAAAGGUCCUGCUCCUUUAUUUUCCCCUCUUCCCUCAUUUCCUGAAAGAGAGACAAUCUCUGCCUAGCCUACUUUAAUGUUGAACUCCUAUUUUGAGAACAGCCUUCUUGAUGGAUCCAAUACAAAAAAGAAGUUUGAUAUAAAUGUGUUAUUAGAGCAAUAGACCUUGAGGUAAGUAGCAACUGGUUUUUAUUCUUCCUCCUGUUCAAAUAGCACAGCUUACAUAUGAGUGCAUCAUGGAGUAACUGUGUUCCACAGCUCAGGUGUUAAUACCUUGUGUGGUGGUCUUGCAGUUCUCUGCGUUCUUUGGUUCUGCACAGCAGCCUCUUGGUCAGUACCAGGCUUGACAUUAAUUUGUUGGGAAGAAAGGUCAAGCCCUGGAAGCUAGGAUUAUAUUGAUGACUUUUACAGGAGAUUAAAACCAUUCAUAAGCCAAAUCCUUUGUAGCUGAAUGCAGGAAUUUGUUUUGCAAAGUUUUGCUUUGGAGCACUGGCACCAUCGUAGCUAUGCAUGCAAGAACAAUCUGGAAGAACUUAAUUGUGCCUUUCCCACAACAAAUGCACUCUGUGUCAGGAGUGGUUACUGUCAGCACACAGGCACCACUAAUAGUAAUUAAUGUGUUCCUUAAUAGCAUUGUGGUCAUUGUUUGGAUCUCAGAACUUGUGAUCACCACCCAUAGGUACAAUUUUGAUGAAAGCAUGAUUGAAGUAAAGCAUCUCCAAAGCAGGGACCAAGCUGGGAGGGUGAGAAAUUUAAGAGACUUUGACAUAGCCAAGUCACAGGCCACAAACUAUUGAUGUGUUAGAAUCAGUGUGGAAUUCUUGUGUGCUUCUAUGAAGUUAUUUUUUACCAUUAUCCUUUAGAUGUGAUCUUGUUCUACUAUAAUUUGUGUAAACUGGUUACUGAGCAUGGUGGGGUGGCUGGCUGGUGGUGAGAGAACUGACAAAUCUCACCCAAGUUGUCUUGUAGGUGGUUUAGGUUUAUUUUGGCACAUUCAUCUCUGUACUUGGACAAGUAGGAAUCCUCUGCCCUUUGCAUAGAUAAGCCUGCUUUAGAAAAUUUGCCCUGGACUUGGACCACAGAGGACUGCAGACUGAAUUAUUGCAAGCUGGGUGUCCCUCAGCAAAGACAGAAGUCCAGAAUAGGUUUGAUUAGUUGGUAAACUUACUGAGGCAUCCAUCCCUUGGCCUGACUUGAUGAAUUUCCAAUCGUUUCUGCUGGAAAAAAGGCAUUUUACAUUUUAUUGGCAAUGCUUUCUACAAAGGGAAAGUUGAGUAAAGAAAUGAAAAACCUCUCAGGCUUUCCAAGAUGGCUGUAGCUGGAGAAGACACACAGUGACUGUUUCACCUUUGAAUUGCAGGUGGCAGGCUUCCUAGUUUCAGAUCAAUCCACAUACAGUUACCAUAAUUUUGGAGCUCUUGGUGGUUAAUUCUUUACAUCCAAUGCAGCAUUCAGUAAGCUGCCUGAGCGACACAUUGUUAUUUCAUUGACAUUCUGUGGUCUGAAGCAAGGAUGAGACAGGGGAUUGACCUGAGCUGACAGAAGAACUUCAGAAAGAUUUCCUGGACUUUGAUUUGGUCUUAUGAAAAGGUCUAGUGAAACACAAACGACAGCUACACUGAUAGUUACGUUGGAUAAUGUGUGUGUGAAUCCAUGGUAAAGGCAAGCAGACAGUGGAGCUGUAAUUGGCUGUGCGGUUUACUCCUGUAUAGUGAGGCCUGUCAGAGGCCUCAUGUUUUCUCUUUAGCAUCUGCUUUUGUUACUAAAUGACUUGACUUUCUCCAGUCUGUGACAGGCUCUAGGCUGUAUUACACAGGUUACCAGCACAGGUUGCUGGAAUUUCAUCUCAAUGGAAUGGGAAACCAACUUGAUUUAUUUAGAAGAAAAAAAACCCAACAGUCAAGGGAGAUGGACUCUGCAUUUUGAAUCUUUAGGUCCAUUACAGGUAUCAGGAAGUUCCCAAAUGUAGUUUAUUAAUGACCUAGAUCCAAAGCUACUUGCUGUAGCCCUUGCCCUGGUUUUCAUGGAUGAAAAGCCAUGGAAGCAUACACAGAAAGGGAAGUGUUCCAAAAUGUUUCAAGACACAUACUGGUAAUUGUGUCUGGAGAGAAGCCCCAGUUUGCGAGAACUCUGAAGUUACACAGAUGUAAAAGGUUGUUUUACUAAAGCAGGGUUGACAGAAAGCAGGACUGAAGGCUACUGAAAGAGUGUAAACCUUCAGACUAAUGUAAGUACUGUCCAUUGAAAGGGAACUUUACUGAUGUGAUGGUUUCCAUGAUUUCUCUGACCUUAUAACAGACUUCUUUUACUGUCUGCCACUGUAUCUUCCUCAUGUGUUUAGUAAGGUUGUUCCACUUGAUUUUAAAAAGGGAAAAAAGUCAAAGCUAAAACUGCAUAUAAAGAAACAAGGAGAAGGCUGGGUUUGAGGCCUGGCAUGAGAGUGUUUGCAUUCCCGUUCUGCCAGUGUGAAUGGUUGUGCAAGGGACAUCCCUGUGCCAGGAAGGCGUGCAGGGGCAUUGCUGACCUAAGUGCAGUGGAAUUAUGGACAAUUCCAACUUUGAUAGUAAAUGCAACACAGCAUAAGGCUUCCUCUUUUUACCAUGUAUCUUACACAGGUUUAAAUUUAUGCAUGAGACUCAUACCCUAGCUAGUUUCAGAACUGGAAUCUCUAAAUAUGUAGCAGCUUAAGCGUAUUGUUAUAUGGAUAAUUAUACCUUCAGUCUUACACACCACUGCAGGAGGGUGGGCAUGGGAAGGUUGCUCCACCACCAUUUCAGCUUGUGAAUCAUUAGUGAGGAACAGUGAGGCAGAGCUUUAUGAAUUUGAACCAAAGAGGCUGGAAGAGGAAAUCCACUCUCCUGCUGGAGCCUGAAAAGGCCACCCUGAGGGGUGCCGUUGGAGGGAAGGAGAAGAGGUUCCCAGGUUUCUCUCCACAGUGGUCUGGUUACUGAACCUCUUUAAACUGCUCAAGCUCUUCCAUAUAUGCCACAGGUAGUGAGGUUCACAGGCCCUAUAGGAGCUUUUAAGAUCUAAAUGAUGACCCAUUCUUCAGGCACUGUGGAAGUUCUCUGCUAUCUGAGAGUGACUAGCUCCCAAUUCACCCAUCACAGCUGAGAAUUAGUGCCUAAAAUGAGGUGUGCAGAGAAUAACUUUGUGAUGCACCCUUUCCAAAUGGGUGGGAAGAGGUACAGCUGCAGUAGUUUGAAGGCUGAUAAUCAAGGCAUGUAACAGUGCACACUGAUGUAGGCUGUGUUGUUGGUCUUGAGUACAAAAUGAAAUGGCACCGUCUAGGUACCACAAAGUUCUCAAGAAGUGCUGCUUUCUGUGAGACAGACUUUGUAUGUGUGCAAAGAACAAACUUGGUACAACAAGUUUCUUUUAGCUGAUAAACUUUGUGGAUUUUAAAAAGCACUUUUUGCAAAUGUAAGUCCUUUCAGUUUGAUGGAGCUAUCAGUAAUUAUGAGGUGUACGAUGGGGUUCAGCUUUAAUUUCUGGUGAAGUUGAGUUUGAGUGGUGAAGAUAGUUUUAUUGCCUUUGGAGUGCAGCUGGUUACAACUUGUGAUGAUUUUGUUGCUGGGCUUUUGGUUCGUGUUCUCAUCUACUCAUUGAGUAAGGUCUGAGUUACACAGUUGUGUUCUUGGAAGAAAUGUGAGGUGAAAGAUUUUCUAGAUGUAUUUACCUAUUAGUUGAUGCUUUCUUUCCAGGGUUCACAACAGAAGAGAUUAUUCUUAUAAACUAGUUUGGUGGGGCGGUUGUUGUUGUGUCAUUCCAGGAUACACAUUUCUGGAGAGCCCUACUUAUUCCCCUUUCAUGUUGCCAGAAACCAGCUUGUUUAGAUUUUCUGUUAAUCAGUUUUGGUUGUUUUUAUAAACAAUCAACAGGGAAAUCGCAUUUCUCUGAUGUGAACAUUAGCUUUUGAGUCAGCAAAUCGAAUAUUCAGCUUACCAGAGCUGAAGACUGGAAUUCGGUUCCAAAAGAGCACUGCAUGGUUUGCCAUUGCUCUCAAUUUGAAUUUGGAUUUCUAGUAGAAGCCUGAGUGAAUUUGGAUCUGAUCAGUAGAAGCCUGAAUGGAUUUGGAUCUGAUGUGUGAAGUGCUGAGUAUUCUCCAUGACUGUUACAACCUCUACUUUCUGUGACUGCUGUAACUCUUAGUGUUCAUCCUCCAUACUAUGUCUCUUCCUCUGUUUAUUUAUUGCUGUUCCACGUUUUAAAGUGAAGUGUUCAUUCAUGAGUUUGAGGUGAUUAAUUUUGUCAGCACUACAUUUAUUAUGUUUGCCUUGCCUCACAGUACAUUGACUAUUUGUGUUUGUGGCCAUCCAGUGGGGUUUUUUUUGGCAGAACUCCUGAGUUUGUCUGCAUCUUAUUUGGUACAUUUAUGUUUAUUUUAAAGUGUCUGUUGUGUUUUAACUAGGAAAUGUAAAUCACCUAAUGCUAAUUUGCCACUUGUUAACAAUAAAGUCAAUAUGCCAAUAAAA